AUGGAACUAAAGAUGCGUGUUGCCCGUAUGUUCUGUCUGCUGCUUCUCACGCUUCUGCUCUCAUCUGGUAACGAGCGCCAUCUCUAGCCGUAUAGUCUCUCCAACUCUUGCUCUUCAUUCCUUGACCGGUUUCUGUUGCGUGUUUUCAGUGUUCACAGAGGGAGGAAGAAGGGACGAGUUGUGCAAGGCACCGAGUCGCCGUUACACUGGAUUCUGCAACGUAAUCCGCUGUGUCAAUACGUGCAAGGGAGAAGGCUACACCAGCGGAAUGUGCGCAUCCCCCACGGCCUCGUGUUACUGCUCCAAGCUAUGUGCCGGUGACCAAGCAGACGCAGGGAGCGCGGCCACCUCCCGACCGUAG